GGAGCCCGGCCCGCGAGCGCUGCUCGGAGUCCCGCGCUGAUGCCAUUGUUGGCGGGCGGGUGCUUCCCGGGACCCGCCCCGCUGGCCGGCAGCGCGGAGAGCUCCCGGACUGUCACUGGAGAGCCCAAUGCUGCCUUAGCAGCUGGAGGAGGCAGCGAGCGGAAGGCGGAUGGAUGCUGGGUCUAUGCGGCUCCUGAGCCCCAGCCAGUUUGCAAACCCAAGCAUCGGCCCGGGCGGCGGGAGCAUGUGCAGCUGUAGCAGGCACCUGGCAGGGAGCCGCACGCUGGGGAUGUGAACCCGGCGGGGAGGAAGGCCUUUCCUUGACUCAUCAGAUAAAUCCAGCCCCCCAAGGCGACUGGUGAGCCGGAGACUGAGCGGCGGCAGCAGCAUGGCAGGGGACAGCGAGCAGAGCCUGCAGGAGCACGAGCAGCCCGGCGGUGAAGAGCCCUUCCUGAUCGGGGUCAGCGGCGGCACAGCCAGCGGCAAGUCCUCAGUCUGUGCCAGAAUCGUCCAGCUACUGGGCCAGAACGAGGUGGAUUAUCGCCAGAAGCAGGUGGUGAUACUGAGCCAAGACAGCUUCUAUCGGGUCCUUACCUCUGAGCAGAAGUCCAAGGCACUCAAGGGCCAGUUCAACUUUGACCACCCAGAUGCCUUUGACAAUGAGCUCAUCGUCAAAACACUCAAAGAGAUCAUGGAAGGGAAGACAAUCCAGAUUCCUGUCUAUGACUUUGUUUCCCAUUCUAGGAAGGAGGAGACAGUGACUGUGUACCCAGCUGACGUGGUCCUCUUUGAGGGCAUCCUGGCCUUCUACACCCAGGAGGUCCGGGACCUCUUCCGGAUGAAGCUAUUUGUGGACACUGAUGCAGACACCCGGCUGUCCCGCAGAGUGUUACGGGACAUCAGCGAGCGAGGCCGGGACCUUGAGCAGAUCUUGUCUCAGUACAUUACCUUCGUCAAACCAGCCUUUGAGGAAUUCUGCUUGCCAACCAAGAAGUAUGCUGAUGUGAUCAUCCCCAGGGGGGCAGAUAAUGAAGUGGCCAUAAACCUGAUCGUGCAGCACAUCCAGGACAUUCUGAAUGGAGGACACAGUAAACGCCAGAUCAACAGCUGCCUGAACGGCUACACCACUCCAUGCCAGAGGCAGCCUUCUGAGUCAAGUAGCCGGCCACAUUGACCCCAGGCCUUGGGGUGAGGUUGGGGGUGGAUGGUGGUUGGGCUCUGCUGCAGCUGAUUUGUCCGUACUGUGUCCAGUCACCCCUUUCCUCCCCCUCCCCCAGCCUCCCGAUAUUUAAGAAACCAGAUGGAGACACAUGCCUUUAAUUUUGUAUCUUGGAAAUGAGAGAGGAGCAUCUGGAUACCCAUAAUCCCAGAUGCCGCUGGGGAUGCCUACCGCUGGCUUCGCUCAGUAACCACUCCGGCACGGAACUGGCUAUCAAUACAGAAUCGCUCUAUUUUUGUGUAAAAAGAACAAUGUAAAACUACUUGCUAUAACGUAUUUGCCAGGCUUGAUAUUGCUGAGGGCAGCUAGGACAGGGGAGCGUGGGGGGGAAGGGAAGCACAUGGGUGCUGCUGAUGUGGGGAACUGGUAAGUGUGGGAGGGGGAAACUGUACCAAAGGCUUCAAACUAGGUGACCAAGCGGCCUCGGAACCAGAAGCAGCCACCCCAUGGCUGGGGGGUGGGUGGCAGGCUCAGUGUGGAGCAUACUGUGAUGCUUUUACUGCUGGCCUGUGGGGCUUGUCACACAGCUGCUGUACCUGUUCUGCAGGAGGAUGCUGGGUUUGGUUGGCAGGGAGGGGUGGAGUAGGGGAGAACAAUGGCUGAAACCUUUGCUGCCCUUUCCUACUCUGCUUUCCCUCCCCUAUCCCUGCUAGCUGCCUGCCUUGCCAAGGCUCCCCAGUGCUCCUGCCUGAGUCACUCAGCACUGCCCCUCCCGCAGCUGACUUCCUGCUGGCUGUGGUUUUGGGGCUGGAGUGAUUCAUUCCACAAAGAACUGGCUGGGGGGUGGGGAGGGGGUGGAUUUUGAAGGGAUGGAAUUCUGGGCUUGGCUAUUAACAGCCACUGGCCCAUCAGAUUCUUCCCACACAUCUGGGUGGCAGGAGCACCUCACCCCUGUCUGGCUACAAGUGAUUGGGGGCUCUCCCCAGCUGCCUGGAGUUUGGUAGGAGGGGAGGCCUGGGGCGAUGGGUGGAGCAAUAUGAUAGAUAUCAGUGUGCUCUAGCACCACCCCUUGGCCAGCUGCUGAAAUAGCAAGAGCGCCAGGCGAGAAACGUGCUUGCUGUCUGAAGGGGCCUUGCUCUUCCAUGAGUGGGAUUUGAGCUGAAGCUCUGCUUACAGCAUCUCUGAAGCUGCUCCCCAGCUGGUCUGCGGGGAGAAGAAAGCGCAGUUGGGUUAGAAGCUACAGAGCAGCCCCUCCCAGGAUCAGGGCACUGCAGCAUUGGCACGGGGGGGUGUAAUGCUAUGCCAGGGCAUUGCAGCGUUGGCAUGGGGGGGGCAUGGCCUGUAAAGAGCCUAGUGCUGCUGGCACUCGGGCCACCCAAGAGCAAGCCCGCCUGAGACUGGAACCACUGCCCCUAGAGAAGCCCGGCCCCAUGCCCAAGUUCUACUUGAAGCUACCAGGGCAAACCACUGAGUGCCUUGGCUGGGAUUUGGGCCAGAGGAUCAGACUGUUUCCAUGCUCUCCCUACUACCCGCUUUCUUUGCCAGCUGGUGGGAUCUUCUCCCCACUGGUGCUGGGCAAAGCAACCUCCUUUUUUUUUUUUUUUUUUUUUUUCUUCAGGAUCCUUGAAUUAGCAUUGGGCUUGCUGUCGCUCAGAGCCCCCUGGGCAUGUGCCCCUACUAGAGAAGCAAAGGGCUGAGCAGUCACUGCUAUUGGGAGUAUGGUAGAGAGCAGGUCUAGAGGGGCCAUCCUGACUGGGCUGGGGUGUUAGACCCCCAAAUUACUUCAGAAUUAGCUUGGUUAAGGGUCUGAGCUGGAUUGGACCUGGAGUGAGUUCUCUCCUCCUCUAGAAGGUGCUAAACCCACAUGUGCCUGUGUUCAGGCCCCAGCCUGCCAGUAUUGCCUUGGGAGACAGUAUCCUGAAGCACUUGCUCUUUUCACAGAGCUCUGCAGAGACCAAAGCCAUUACAGUUCAUUCCGAGGGGCAUGUGGCCCUGCUGGCUGUGAGUGACUGUGCCAUAAUGUGGUACAGACUAUGGGACUUCAUAAAUUUAGUGCCACUGUCCAGUGCUGCAGCUAUCACUGCAGUGAUAAGGACGCCCCAAGAUCCCCCCGGGGGGGGAGGGAUGGUUCUUCAUGGGGAAGGAGCAGCACUGGAAAAGGUCUCUUAAGAACUGAGGAAUCCCCCAGUGCUAACCUUGUCAUGUCCCACUGAGCUCUGUGAUGUGGCCUCUGCCCUCAAGCCUGCUGGUGCUUUGCUCUCCUUUUCCCUAAGCAGCUCCCUGUGUGGGACCGGAUGGCUUCCCAGGGGGCUCACUGUCUGCUUUAUGAGCUGUGCUCAGUACCAGGCUCCUGUGCUUUGGGGUGAGCCUUCAAAGCUAAGGCUUAUUCUUGCCCCUCUGUGGCCAUCUGGAGUUCUGCGAGGCUGCUGCAUGGUCCUGUUCUUGGGCUAACUAAUAAGGAAUAACCUAGAAGCCUGGCUUCUUAGAGAAAAGAGUUGCUUAUUCACCUUCUGCUGGCUCUUCCCUCCCCUCCAGCUGAACAGGGAUGAGAGAAGUAGCAGUGUGUGAUGGUCUCUCUGAGACCCCCAAGGGGACAAAGAAGGGAAUAGAUGCCCCAAGUCAGCACUGCCAGGGGCAAAACCAUUCCCUCUCCCUCUCCUAUGGUGGGAUGCAGAAGCCCUUCUCCCCUCCACCCUGUCCAGAAACCCCCCAACCAACUCCUAGGGCAUGGCAGUCUCCCUACUCCUGAGACCCAGUGAUGCCUGGGUUGCCCCAGGAGGACCAGAGGCCAGCCCUUAGGUGACAAGUGGCUGGAGCCCUACAGAGGGGGAGAGGUUUCCAGGGGCUGGAGGCUCCGCUUGAGUGGGGUGGCUUUCAAGACUGAUGUACUGUUCUGCCCUUCCCUGUAAAUAAAGAUGAAAUAACUGGA